GAUCUGCUAUUUUCUACAAUUAUGUCUGGACGUGGUAAAGGAGGUAAAGUGAAAGGGAAGAGCAAGACUCGUUCGUCUCGUGCUGGACUGCAGUUCCCUGUCGGCCGUAUCCACCGUCUUCUCCGUAAGGGGAACUAUGCCCAACGUGUUGGUGCCGGAGCUCCAGUAUACCUGGCUGCUGUAAUGGAAUAUUUGGCUGCCGAAGUGUUGGAAUUGGCAGGAAAUGCUGCCAGAGACAACAAGAAAUCCAGAAUUAUUCCCCGUCACUUACAGUUGGCCAUCCGUAAUGACGAAGAGUUGAACAAAUUUUUGUCAGGAGUCACCAUUGCCCAAGGUGGUGUUCUUCCUAACAUUCAGGCUGUUCUUCUCCCCAAGAAGACCCACAAGCCUUCAAAGUAAAGGUCAUUUUGUGGAGGCGUUCAGUUUGCCAAACGGCCCUUUUCAGGGCCCCUACAUUAUAUACGUAGUCUUUUAGCCGAUUAUCUGCACUUGCGAUUUUUAUGAAAUUUUUAGUCAGUUGCAGUAUUUUCCACGAUACCGAAAUUUCCUAGGAGACUUUUUUUUUUUUUUUGUCUGAGGGUAUAGAAUAAGAAUUUGUAAAAUAGGAAUUGGGGUUAGUAAAUCAGCCAUAU